AUGGCAUCAUCAGUUUCAAGUGAGUGUGCAUUCUCACAGGGUGGUAUUACCAUUAGCAAGUGCCACAACCACCUCAAAGGUGAUAUUGUUGAGGCACUACAGUGUGUCAAAUGUGCCCUUCACCAUGAUCUACUCUUCCAUGAGCCUGGACCCUCAUCAUCAACUGAGGGGGCUCUUGAGGACUCAGAUAUUGAAAUGGAUGCUAACGAGAAGCUGAGUGAUGUUGAAGAUGGGGAUGAGGAGGGCUGGGAUGCUCUUUUGGAGGGAGAUGAGGAUUUUAUAGAAUCAGAUGCUGACUCCAUGAUUACUUGGGCUGCAGCUCAGGCCAAAGCCAAGCCAAAGCCAGCUGUCACUGGUGGCUUUGGCCUGGCCUGGAAUUUUUGCAAGCCUAAGCUGUCUGAAGCCAGGCCCAAGCUGUGGCUUUUGAGCCAAGCUGGGCCAGAACAUCACUACCUGCUGUGA